GGCCCCGCCCCCACGUGCCCCCCUCUCUCCCCUAGGCGGCGCCCCGGCGAUGGGGACCCCGAAGCCGCUGAUCGUGCCGUGGCUGCGGGGGAAGUUGGACAGUGGCUGCUACCCGGGGGUGCGGUGGCUGGACCAGGGGCGCACCCAGUUCCGGGUGCCCUGGAAACACGGGCUGCGGCAGGACGCCUCCAGCGAGGACUUCCAGCUAUUCCGGGACUGGGCCAUUGACAGCGGCAGCUUCCGGCCAGGCCAGGAUGCCCCCGCGCCCUCCGUCUGGAAACGCAACUUCCGCUCUGCCCUCAACCGGAAGCCGGGGAUCCAGGUGCUUCGGGAUCACAGCUCGGACUCCGCCGACCCCCACAAGGUCUAUGAGAUCCUGCCCGACGGGGCCCGGGCAGGUGCGGACGAGGCCCCCAGUGCUGCCGUGGGGGGCACCGAGGCUGACGCAAGCACCCAGCUCGUGGACAGGUCGGGGGGCAGCUUCUCCUCCAGCCAGGACGAGGAGCUGGACGACAUUCUGAACGCACUGGCCCUCUCCAGCCCCGACGAGGAUGCUCUUGGCCCAGCGCUAGCACCAGGUGCCCCGUAUGCCAGUGACGUAGCAACAGGGGGCGCUCUCUCGCCGGGGUUCGGGGAGUUCCCUCCCCUGGUGCCGGCCCCCAGCUCCCUGGAGCAGCUGCUGGGGUCCAACGAGCUGAUGACGUUUUUUGAGGUGCGGGUCUAUUACCGGGGGCACCUCGUGCUGCAGACGCUGGUCCCCAACUCGCAGGGCUUCCGGCUGGUGCCCCCCAGCCCUGCGCCCAGCCCCUGGCCCGAGCUGGCGGACGUGGUGCUGCCCCAGCCGGGGGUGCUGGUGGACCAGGUGCAGGCCUCGUACACGGCCCGGCUGCUGCAGGGGCUGGGGGCCGGGGUGCUGCUGCGGGUGCAGGGAUCCUCCCUGUGCGCCACCCGCCUGGGGCGCCUCCACGCCUACUGGGGGCGCACGGAGACCCCCGAGCCAGGGGCCGAAGGCGGGGAGCUGUCCAAGGAGGGGUAUACCCCCCUCUACGAUCUGCCGCGCUUCGUCAGAGAGCUCAUCUGCUUCAUGGAGGGGCAGGGCAGCUCCCCCACCUACGAACUGUGGCUCUGCCUGGGGGAGGCCUGGCCGGACACGGGGCGCCCCUGGAAAAAGAAACUCAUCAUGGUGCAGGUGGUGCCCACGGUCCUGCAGACCCUGCACCAGCUGAGCCAGGCCAGGGGGGCGUCAUCGCUGCGGGCGGAGGAGCUGGACCUCCGCAUCUCGGACUCGCUGGGGGAGGCCGGGCUGCUGGAGGCCCUGCGGGGCUGGGAGGAGCGGAUGGAGAGCCAGCCCUACGGCUAGCCGGACGCUCGCGCUGCCCGACCCGACCGAACCCAGGCGUCCGGGCUCUUUCCCUCCCCCCUGCUCUAACCACUAGACCCCACCCCGAGCUGGGAGAGUGUCCCCCUUGUCUGUACCAUCAGGCCACCCUGGCAGGGGGACUGGUUAGCUAGGGAGGCGGCCCCUCUGGGGUGGGACCGCCUGGUUCUCGUAGAGCCAUAGGGCUAGAAACGCCCGCUAGGGUCAGCAGCUCUAAGCCCCCGUCCAGCCCAGACAGGUGUCCAUGCGGCCCCCCUCGCCCCGGCCGUUGUCCGACUUUUCUUACCCCCUUAGGACGUUUUCCUCUCACUGGGCUCUGCCCGAGGGUGACGCCGUCGCCUCUUGUCCUGCCCUCCGGGGCAGCGAGAAUGGGUCCCGGGCGUUUUCAUGGCAGCCUUUCCAGCCUUCUCUUCUCCGAACUUCACACACCCGGUCCCUUCGGGGGGGGGGGGGGGGGGCUCCCGCCGCUUUCCUCACGGGGGUGACCGGACGUGGACACGGGACUCCAGCCAAGGCCUCACCGGAGCCGUGCGAUACGAUCGCACCCCCAGGGGGAAUUCUGCGCCGAACCAUUAACGAUUCCGCGCCCCGUGUUUUCCAAUUCUGCCUGGUUUUAUUUGUCAAAAUAACACUCUGUAAUCACUCCA